GCCUGAUUAAGGCAAGGAAACUGAUGCUCAAAAAAUCAGAAAAUUUGCCCAAGAUCAUUCAGUUUAAGUCCAUUUAUUGAAACAUAUUGUUCAGAUCCUGAGUGACAUAACUGGAGCCAACACGGUGCUAUGGAGAACUAUGAGAUUUAGCCUGGAUAUUAACUUGUCUUCUAGAGAAUAGAUUUAGUAUUCCAUUCUGCUGUAAUGGCUAAUUCACACAGAAAACUAAUAUUUAAUAUUUACAUAGGAUUUUACUGCUCAGCAGUCAUCCAAAUAUGUAUUUGUUCUCAGUUCACAAGUUCAUCUAUUGAUCCGUUCAAUAAGGACCGUGGGGCUUUCCCAGUAGCCACCAAUGGGGAAAUAUUUCCUUGGCGUGAGCUAAGGCUCCCCACCAUGGUCAUUCCCCUCCACUAUGACCUUUUUGUCCACCCAAAUCUCACCUCCCUGGAUUUUGUUGCAUCUGAGAAGAUCGAAGUCUUGGUUCGAGGUGCCACCCAAUUCAUCAUCUUGCACAGCAAAGAUCUUGAAAUCAUGAAUGCUACUCUUCAGUCAGAGGAAGAUUUGAGAUACAGGAAACCAGGGAAAAAGCUAACUGUUUUGAGUUAUCCUGCUCAUGAACAAAUUGCACUGCUGGUUCCAGAGAAACUUAUGGCUGACCUGAGAUAUUCUGUGGCUAUUGACUUCCAGGCCAAGCUAGCUGAUGGUUUUGAAGGCUUUUAUAAAAGCACAUACAGAACUCUUGGUGGUGAAACAAGAACAAUUGCAGUAACGGAUUUUGAGCCAACCCAGGCACGAAUGGCUUUCCCUUGCUUUGAUGAACCACUGUUCAAAGCCAACUUUUCAAUCAAGAUAAGAAGAGAGAGCAGACACGUUGCCCUAUCCAACAUGCCAAAGGUUAAGACAAUUGAACUUGAAGGAGGCCUCUUGGAAGAUCAUUUUGAAACUACUGUAAAAAUGAGUACGUACCUUGUAGCCUACAUAGUUUGUGAUUUCAACUCUGUGAGUGGCACAGCCUCGUCAGGGGUCAAGGUGUCCAUCCAUGCAGCCCCAGACAAAUGGAGUCAAACACAUUACGCUUUGGAAGCAUCAUUGAAGCUGCUGGACUUUUACGAAAAUUACUUUGAUAUCCACUAUCCACUCGCAAAACUGGAUCUAGUUGCCAUUCCUGACUUUGAAAGUGGAGCCAUGGAAAAUUGGGGCCUUGUCACAUGUAGAGAGACGUCACUGCUCUUUGAUCCCAAGACCUCUUCUACUUCUGAUAAACUGUGGGUCACCAAAGUCAUAGCUCAUGAAGUAGCACACCAGUGGUUUGGCAACCUGGUUACAAUGGAAUGGUGGAAUGAUAUUUGGCUCAAUGAGGGUUUUGCAACAUACAUGGAACUUAUCUCUGUUAACGUCACAUAUCCAGAGUUACAAUUUGAUGAAGAUUUUCUGAACAUGUGUUUUGAAGUAAUUAAAAGAGAUUCAUUAAAUUCAUCCCAUCCUAUCUCCAAUCAAGCAGAAACUUCUACUCAAAUAAAGGAAAUGUUUGAUGCUCUUUCCUAUGAAAAGGGAGCUUGUAUUUUGAAUAUGCUCAAGGAUUUUCUGAGUGAGGAGAAAUUCAAGAAAGGAAUUAUUCACUACUUAAAGAAGUUCAGCUAUAGAAAUGCUAAGAAUGAUGAUUUGUGGAGCAGUUUGUCAAAUGAUUGUUUAGAAAGCGAUUCUGCAUCUGGUGGAUUUUGUUAUUCCGAUUCCAAGACAACAAGCAGCACACUGGCCUUUCUGCGGGAAAAUGUGGAGGUGAAGCAGAUGAUGGCUACAUGGACUCUGCAGAAAGGAAUCCCCCUCGUGGUGGUUAAUCGAGAAGGGCGUUCACUCAGACUGCAGCAGGAGCGCUUCCUGAACGGGGUGUUCAAAGAGGACCCUGGAUGGGGGGCCCUGCAGGAAAGGUACCUUUGGCAUAUCCCAGUGACCUAUUCCACAAGUUUCUCUAAUGCAAUUCACAGACACAUUCUGAAAUCAAAGACAGAUACUCUGGAUUUACCUGAGAAGACCAGUUGGGUAAAAUUCAAUGUGGACUCAAAUGGCUACUACAUUGUCCACUAUGAGGGACAUGGAUGGGACCAGCUCAUUACACUGCUGAAUCAGAACCACACACUUCUCAGACCUAAGGACAGAAUAAGUCUGAUUCAUGAUGCAUUUCAGCUAGUAAGUGCAGGAAGGUUGACUCUAGACAAAGCCCUUGACCUGACUCGCUAUCUCCAACAUGAAACAAGCAUCCCUGCACUUCUCAAAGGCCUGGAAUAUCUAGAAUUGUUUUACCACAUCAUGGAAAGAAGGAAUGUUUCAGAUGUCACUGAAAAUCUCAAGCAUUACCUUCUCCAGUAUUUUAAGCCAGCGAUUGACAUGCAAAGCUGGCACGACGAGGGCUCGGUCUGGGACAGAAGGCUUCGUUCGGCUCUCUUGAAGCUGGCCUGUUACCUGAACCAUGCUCCUUGCAUCCAGAAGGCAACUGAACUCUUCUCUCAGUGGAUGGAAUCCAGUGGAAAAUUAAAUAUCCCAACAGAUGUUUUAAAGAUUGUGUACUCCGUGGGUGCUCAAACAACAGCAGGAUGGAAUUACCUUUUAGAGCAAUACGAACUGUCAUUGUCAGGUGCUGAAAAAAACAAAAUUCUGUAUGCAUUGUCAACCAGCAAACAUCAGGAAAAGUUAAUGAAGUUAAUUGAACUAGGAAUGGAAGGAAAGGUUAUCAAGACACAGGACUUGGCAGCUCUUCUUCAUGCAAUUGCCCGAAAUCCAAAGGGGCAACAAUUAGCCUGGAAUUUUGUAAAAGAAAAUUGGAUCCAUCUCCUUAAAAAAUUUGAGUUGGGCUCAUUUCCCAUAAGAAUGAUCAUCUCCGGCACAACAUCUCACUUUUCUUCCAAGGAUGAGUUGCAAGAGGUGAAACUGUUCUUUGAAUCUCUUAAGGCCCAAGGAUCACAUCUGGAAAUUUUUCAAAUUGUUCUGGAAACCAUAUCCAAAAAUAUUAAGUGGCUGGAGAAGAAUCUUCCCACCCUGAGGAAUUGGCUACUGAUUAGUAUUUAAAUGGUCAAUAGAAACAGCACAUCAGAUGCAGUCUGUGUCUACAUGAAGUGGGCAAAGCUCAAGUCAAAGUCCCAGAUGGUUUAACCAGUAAGAAGCCUCAAGAAAUCAGCCAGCACAGCUACCUGUGCUCAGCUAUCAUCUCUAGCUGGCAGACGUAUGAUGCUGGGGUGAGGGAAGGCCAGUUCAGUAGCCUAUUUUAAAGUAAACUUUGUGAAUAAUGGAGAUAUGUGGAGAUGUAUUGAUAAAUAUAGCUGUAAUAGUUUAGCUGCUACACAGACUGUCUACAAUGCCCGACAUUAUGCGACUACUACUUUGCUUCUUUGAUGUUUUUUUUAAACCUUGCAUAGAAUCCUGGAAUUAGCCCAACCAGGUUACCUUCAAGGAAACACAGCCAAUCUGCAAAAAAAUCUUUCUUUUGCAUCCUUCCAUCUUCUUACUCUCCAGCUCCCUCAACUCAGCCUGAAUAGUUUAAUAGCACCUUUGACUCUAGAUUUGACCUGUUCAUGGCCCUACCAAGGUUUGUAUAACACCUAAGUGAUAUCACUCUAGAAUUAUAUGUACUAUAGCAUAAGGAAACUGAAAGAGUAAAGAAUACUAUUUUUCCACCAAGAUAAUAUGUAAAUUAGCAGUAAAAUAUGUAUGAGUUUCAGUAGAAUUGUGCCAUUAACAUUUCCAUGAAUAAGAAAGUACUUUCUCUUGUGUAGUAAUUUAUCUACCAUAAAUUUCCAAGUUUUUAAUUCUCUUCCUUUUAGUUCUUUGUUUAAAUACAUUUUUAACCUCUCAGAUUCUUAAGAAUUGAGUACAGAAAGUGGAAAUUUUAUUAUUUGAUGAGAAUGAACAUGAGAAGUACUGUGCCAAUAACGUUUUAACAAAUAAAGAGUUUUUU